AUGUCAACUACAAUGCAAGUCUUCAUUUUAUGGGUGCUUUUUCUCGGAGUUGGGCAAUGUUACUUGAAUCCGAUAACUAUACAAAACAAGCAUUUUGUUGAUUCUGUAACUGGUGAGCCUUUCUUUAUAAAGGGUGUGGAUUAUCAACCGGGAGGAGCUGCGGGCAUUAAUGGUGAAUCGGAUCCUCUAUCAGAUCCCAAGAAAUGUGCUCGGGAUAUUGUGUUGUUUCAAGAGCUCGGCAUAAACACUGUACGUGUUUAUUCGAUCAACCCUGAUCUCGACCACAAUAUAUGCAUGAGUAUGUUGUCAAUGGCUGGUAUAUAUCUCAUUUUGGAUGUGAAUUCGCCAUUACCAAACCAGCAUCUCAAUCGGUAUGAACCUUGGAAGACAUAUAAUCCAUUAUAUCUUGAACAUGUAUUUAAAGUUGUGUCACAGUUCUCGGGAUACAAUAAUACUUUAGGAUUUUUUGCUGGUAAUGAAGUUAUUAAUGAUGAAGAGUCAGCAACUAACUCUCCUAUUUACGUCAAAAAGUUAAUAGGUGAUAUUAAGGAGUAUAUUGCAAUCACAUGUGAUAGAUUAAUACCUGUUGGUUAUUCUGCCGCGGAUGACCUCAACUAUCGGGUUUCAUUGUCUCAAUACCUGGAAUGCUCUACGAACUCUAAUAAGGUUUAUGACUCCGUGGAUUUCUACGGUGUCAACUCGUACCAAUGGUGUGGUGAGCAAACAAUUAGGACAUCUGGAUAUGAUAAACUAAUUGAGGCAUAUAGGAACUAUACAAAGCCGGUGAUGCUGUCUGAGUUUGGUUGCAAUAGGGUUCUUCCCCGUCAGUUUGGCGAAGUUGAAGUCUUGUACUCAAAGGAAAUGUACACAGUCUUCAGUGGAGGGUUAGUCUAUGAGUAUAGUCAAGAGCCUAAUAAUUAUGGUCUAGUAAAGAUUAAUCACGAUGGCUCUGUAAGAAUGUUACCUGAUUUUGUGACUUUACAAGAGAAAUAUAAGAAAAUCGCUUUGCCCAAUCGUGAUCAACUCCAUAAAGAGUUGGAAGGUCAAUCCAUUGGUCUUAAGAGGAACGUUUUGUGUCUGGAUAAAUAUGAGAACCUCGAAAUUAGUGGCAAAACUGAAAAUGACAUACCUGCAAAGGCAAUCAAGACUGGAAUUCAAGUUAAAAGAGGUCAUAUUCUUGAGCUUCUAAAUUCUAAUACUUUACAAGUACAAUUCGAAAUAUUCGAUGUAUAUGGUCAAAGAUGGCAAGGACCUAAAAUUGUCACUCCAAUCACUAGGAAAACAAGUAACAAAAAAGAAAACGAGGCGAAGACGAAUGGAGCCAAUGGAACCAGCGAGUCUUUGUUGAUUGAAAGCAUUUUCACCAUGUUACUAAUGGUAAUAGCAGUUCAGUGUAUUAUUUUAUAG